AUGAAAUAAACUACACUUUAUGGGACUGUACUGACUUUAAUGCUGGGAUCUGUCACCUAUAUCCCACUUUUCUUUCUUUUUUAUAUUUGAUCAAUAGGAAUAAGAUUUAACCCUAUAUCUUGAGAUAUUUCAUAUAAGUAAACAUGACAGCACAUAUAGGCAUAUGAACAUAGUCCUCUACAAGGGCCUGACUCCAUUAUGAUGUCAUUGUUAGGUCACUCACUAUACUACCACCUCCAUCUUGUGACGGUGACUCCACUCACUUUCCUCCUUACCACACGGACAGACACAAUGAAGCUUCUGGAGCUCUUACAAGUUACCGCCAUUCUUCUGUGUCAGUUGGAUCAUGGCGCUCUUUUUCCUCACCAUAGAAUCUCUACCCCUCUAGCAUGUGGAGAUCGACCUUUGGCAGGCCAGGAAUUUGGCUCACGCAUUGUUGGUGGAAAAGAUGCCCUACCUGGGUCCUGGCCAUGGUUAGUCAGCAUCCAGCAAGCCAUAGACGAGGAUCAUUUUGUGCACGUGUGCGGAGGCUCCAUCUUGAAUGAUAAAUGGAUUCUAACAGCUGCCCACUGCUUCAAGAACCAAGCUGACUCUGUGUUCUCUUGGAGACUGGUGUUUGGAGGCCAUAAGCUGUCAGCGUCUGGCCCUGAAGUUCAGAUUCGGGCCAUAUCCAAAAAGAUAGAACAUGAGAAUUAUGACCCGGACACAGAACGCAAUGACAUUGCGCUGCUUUCUAUAGAUCGUCCCAUCUCUUACAAUGAACACAUUCAACCAGCGUGCCUUCCUCCGAAAACUGCACAAGUUCCACUCAUGACCGAUUGCUAUAUUGCCGGCUGGGGUGUUCUGGAAGAAGAAGCCACAGAACCAUCGGAUAUUCUUCAGGAAGCCCGUGUAGACCUGAUUUCUACAAAGCGUUGCAAUAGCACGGCAUGGUAUAAUGGCGCUGUGGGUGUCUACAACCUAUGUGCAGGUUAUGAGAAAGGAGGCAUUGAUAGUUGUCAGGGUGACAGCGGGGGACCACUGAUGUGCAAGGAGCCUAAGGCUCGAACCUACUCAGUGGUGGGUAUAACCAGUUGGGGAUCAGGCUGUGCACAAGCACAAAGCCCAGGGAUUUACACCUCUACCCAAUACUUUCUCAACUGGAUCAUGGACAAAACUGAGUCCAACCCGACCGCUAAGAAGCGCAAGCUUGGAUAAGUCACCAAUAAAUAGACACUAUGUUUUGCAUGUUAGUAACACCUUGAACAUGUUUACUUCAAAAUAAUAAAAAUUACUGAAAA